CUCUGUCUUUGUCUGUCUCUCUCUCUGUCUCUGUCUGUCUCUCUCUAUAAAUAACUCUUCUCUCUCAGUAUUACAGACACCUUAUGUGCUGACUCAGCUGUCUCAUUCUGAUCUGCUGACUCACUGUCCUCUGCCUCCACUGUGUGAUAUGAGCUGUCAGUGUGACCUUUGACCUAUUAGUGUUCAUGGACAGACACUGACACCUGUCUACCUUUCUCUCUGUUUUUAAAUGAGUUGUUAACCUCUUACCUCUGGGAGGUCUUUCAGUUUUUAUACAAUCAUGUAUGUUGACCUUUGACCUGCAGUGUUUCUUCCUCAGGCUCUGCUGCUGAAACUCCACCUGCUGAACAUCCUCUGACCUCUGACCUGUGACUUCUGGAGGAGCUAUGAGCCGUCACCAGAGAGAUGCUGUCGGUGUGUCUGCAUCUCUGACUCCACCUCCUCCACGUUGCCAUAGUGAUGAAGAAGAGGAAGAGGACCUGAACAAGGUGUUUGAUGUUCCAUGUUUUCAGCAGAUCCUUCGCCCUGCAGCUUGCAGCCCACCAGAGAAACACAGAGUCUACAAUGAGCAGGACUUUGAAGAACAUCGUCACUUGUCUCGCCACGUCCAUCAUCCUCUGUCCAAACCUGCUGCUGACAGCAGGAGGAAAAGGACCAAUGAGGGGAGACGAGGCUCUGCCCCCAGCGCCGCAACCACCAUAGAAGAAGACCAAGAGGGAGAGGAGGGCAAGGAGGAGUCCUACAGUCAGACUGAUGGCGAGGAGGGACGAACAGCCACACCCACCAGUGACCCGCCCACCAGUUCCACCAAUAACAACGGCCUGUCGCCUGGUUGCAUCAUGACGAGCGUUGCCGCUGAUGAUGAGGCUGAAACACUGGCGUCUGUCGACCUGGACGGCAUCAAGAGUCACCGAUUGGACGACGUUCCAGCCGUGCGGCGUCACCUGGUGAGACGGAGCUCCAGAGGGCCGAUCGUCCACAUCACCAAAGAUCAGAAAGAGACGCCGAGCAGCCGGACGCAACAACACCUUCAACACCUUCAACACCUUCAACACCUUCAACCGGACCGCACGCCUCAUGAGGUGUUUGUGGAGCUGAACGAGCUGGUGAUCGACAGGAACCAAGAGCUGCAGUGGAGGGAGACGGCUCGAUGGAUCAAGUUUGAGGAGGAGGUGGAGGAGGAGACGGAGCGCUGGGGGAGACCGCACAUCGCCUCACUGUCCUUCCGCUCCCUGCUGGAGCUCCGAAAAACCAUCUCCCACGGGGCGGUGCUCCUGGAUCUGAAGCAGAGGACUCUGCCGGGGAUCGCUCAGCAGGUGGUGGAGCAGAUGGUGAUCUCAGAUCAGAUCAAAGCUGAAGACCGAGCCAACGUCCUGAGAGCUCUGCUGCUCCGACACAGUCACCCAAGUGAUGAGAAAGAUCACAGUCUGUUCAGCAAGAACAUCUCUGCAGCCAACAUGGCCGCCCAGAUGGACAGACACAAAAGCCAAUCAGAGCCCUCCAUUCCUCUGACGAAUCACAAAGAGGCUGACGGAGAGAAGAACAAGAAAGAAGCCCCGCCCCUCUGUCACUCCAGAUCUAAACAUGAAGUAAAACUGAUGGAGAAGAUCCCCGAGAGAGCCGAGGCCACCGUCGUCCUCGUGGGCAGCGUGGGUUUCCUGGACCAGCCCUCCAUGGCGUUCGUGCGGCUGCAGGAGGCGGUCCUGCUGGAGUCCGUGCUGGAGGUUCCCAUCCCUGUGAGGUUCCUCUUCCUCUUGCUGGGCCCGCCCACCGCCAACAUGGACUACCAUCAGAUUGGACGCUCCAUCUCCACACUGAUGUCAGACAAGAACUUCCACGAGGCGGCGUACCAGGCCGACGACCGCCAGGACCUGCUGACGGCCAUCAAUCGUUUCCUGGACUGCAGCAUCGUCCUCCCUCCCUCGGAGGUUGGUGGCGACGAGCUGCUUCACUCUGUCGCUCGCUUCCAACGAGAAAUGCUCAGAAAGAGGGAGGAGGAGCAGAACGGCAAACUGCAGGAGAAACAGACCAGCAGUCAGCAGGAUGAAGAUUCCUUUGUUCCCUCCAAACCUGGCGACGAGCCCCUGAAGCGUUCAGGCCGUUUGUUUGGAGGGCUGAUUAAAGACGUGACGCGGCGCUACCCUCAGUACCUCAGUGACAUUCGAGAUGCUCUCAACCCUCAGUGCAUGGCCGCCAUCAUCUUCAUCUACUUUGCUGCACUGUCACCCGCCAUCACCUUCGGUGGACUCCUGGGUGAGAAAACGGAGGGUCUGAUUGGUGUGUCUGAGCUGAUAGUUGCCACGGCGAUGCAGGGCGUGGUGUUCAGCGUGCUGGGCGCUCAGCCUCUGCUGGUGAUCGGCUUCUCUGGACCGCUGCUGGUGUUUGAAGAGGCCUUCUACACUUUCUGUAAAGACAAUGGCAUCGAGUACCUGACGGGACGCGUGUGGAUCGGUUUCUGGCUAGUGCUCAUCGUUCUCCUCACUGUGGCCUUCGAGGGAAGCAUCCUGGUCCGCUUCGUCUCCCGUUUCACUCAGGAGAUCUUUUCCUUCCUCAUCUCCCUAAUUUUCAUCUACGAGACCUUCGCAAAACUGAUCAAGAUCUUUCAGGAGCAUCCUCUCCAAAAUUGUUACCAUGGAAACAACACAGUAUCUCCGUCUCUAUGCAACUACACCAUGGCCACCGGUAGUUCUGGGAAGGUUGUUGGAGAGCCUAACACAGCGCUUCUGUCUUUCGUGCUCAUGGCGGGAACAUACUUCAUCGCUUUCUACCUGCGCAAAUUCAAGAACAGCUCCUUCUUCCCCGGCAGGCUUCGUAGAAUCAUCGGAGACUUUGGGGUCCCGAUCGCCAUCCUCAUCAUGGUGCUGGUGGACUACAGUGUGAAGGACACCUACACCCAGAAACUGAGCGUGCCCAGUGGCUUCUCGGUAUCGACUCCAGAGAAGCGUGGUUGGUUAAUUUCCCCCCUGGGGUCAGACGGACAGUUUCCUGUUUGGAUGAUGGCUGCCAGCAUCCUGCCGGCCAUCCUCGUCUUCAUCCUCAUCUUCAUGGAGUCCCAGAUCACAGCGCUGAUCGUCAGUAAGAAGGAGAGGAUGCUGGUGAAGGGAACUGGUUUUCACCUGGACCUCCUCAUCAUUGUGGUGGUGGGCGGAGUCUCGGCGUUGUUUGGUUUGCCCUGGUUAUCGGCCGCCACAGUUCGCUCCGUCACCCACACCAACGCCCUCACUGUCAUGAGCAAAGCGGUCGCCCCCGGAGACAAGCCUCGCAUCCAGGAGGUCAAGGAGCAGAGGGUGACGGGCUUCCUGGUGGCUGUUUUAGUGGGUCUGUCCAUGGUGAUCGGGGAGGUUCUGCGUCAGAUCCCUCUGGCGGUGCUGUUUGGGAUCUUCCUUUACAUGGGAGUGAUGUCACUGAACGGGAUCCAGCUGACUGAACGGCUCAUCCUGCUGCUGAUGCCCCCGAAGUACCACCCUGACCACACCUACGUCCGCAAGGUGCGGACUUUAAGGAUGCAUCUUUUCACGCUCGUCCAGCUGACCUGUCUGUCUCUCCUGUGGGUUGUCAUGGCGACGGCAGCGGCGCUGGCAUUUCCCUUCAUGCUGCUGCUGACCAUCCCUGUGAGGAAGCUGCUGCUGCCGCGUCUGUUCACCUGGAGAGAGCUGCAGAGUCUGGAUGCUGACGACGCGGAGCCUCACCUGGAGGAGAAGGAGGGGCAGGACGAGUACUCCCAGCUGCAGAUGCCCGUGUGACCCAGCCCAGUGUUGUGAUUGGCUGAGCCGGUCCACUUCCUCCUCCUUCAUUAGCAGAUCUGACACGUAUCCUGUAGCAGCGCUGGGCGGAGACUGCAAACGCUUCUGGAAUCAUGUUUUUAUAAAUCUGUGCUUGUGUGUUGUGUUUUGGGGAGCGGGUUUGUUUCUGUGUGAUGAAUGAAUGAACUCCGGCUGUCGAGUCCGUCUGUAUGAAGCAGUUUGUUUUAAAGAUCACACUAACUGAAAAAUAUCUUUUCUGUGUCGCUACAUCUUGACUGUAUGUUUGUCUGUCUAUCAUUAAAUGCAAAUUAUAUCUUUAA